GCUGUAUCCGUGCCAGAAAUGGCCGGGUAUGGAGAUAAGGCACGGAGGGAAGGAAACUUUAUAAGGAGAAAACAUUCCCCAAGCUCUGGCACCUCGGUGCGAACGGCGCAGCCCCUCUCCUCCCUCCGCUCGUUUUCCCCUCCUCUCCACCGGCAGCGGGUCCAGCCCGGCCCGGGGGCGGCGGCGAGGGGCUGCGCCCUGGGGGGGGGGCAGGAACCGGGCGCUUGGGUGGUUUGAAUAGGUGGGACCCACGCACGGCGUUUCCUGGAAACCUUGUUUUCCCUUUCUGCCCUCCGCCGUCCCCGGCCGCGGGGGUGUGCGCGGCCGCCGCGUAUAAAGGGAGCGAGCGCCGGGCAGGGCGCGGAGGGGCACCGGGACCAGCGCUGGGAACGCGAUCAGCACCGGGACCAGGACUCGCACCAGGAUCAGGACCAGCACCAGCACCAGCACCAGCACCAGCACAGGGACUAUCACUGAGACCGGGACCGGGAUCAACACCAGGAGCAGCACCGGGACACCAUGGCCGAAGAUCUGGUGCUGGAGACGUGGGACCUGCAGAGCGAGCGCAACGGGCAGGAGCACCGCACGGCGGAGAUGUGCGGGCAGCAGCUGGUGGUGCGGCGCGGGCAGCCCUUCACCAUCACCCUGCGCUUCUCGGGCAGGGCCUAUGAGGAUGGGGUGGACAAACUGGCCUUCAAUGUGGAGACAGGACCCUGCCCCAUCGAGACGUCGGGAACCAGGUCCCACUUUGCCAUGACCGACUUCCCGGAGGAAUCGGGCUGGAGCGCCGUGAUGCAGCAGCAGGACGAGGAUUCCCUCUCGGUCUCUCUCUGCUCCCCCACCAGUGCCCGCGUUGGCCGCUACAGCCUGACACUGGAGGCCUCCACAGGGUACCAGGGCUCCAGCUACAUCCUUGGGGACUUUGUGCUGCUCUUUAACCCCUGGCACCCAGAGGACACGGUUUUCCUGCGGGAUGAGGACGAGCGCCGCGAGUACGUCCUGUCCCAGCAGGGGCUCAUCUACCAGGGCACCCGCGACUACAUCACCUCCACCCCCUGGAACUUCGGCCAGUUCGAGGAUGAGAUCUUGUCCAUCUGCCUGAAGCUGCUGGACACAAACCCCAAAUUCCUGAGGGACCAGAACAAGGAUUGCUCCCGCCGCAAUGACCCCGCAUACAUCGGCAGGGUGGUGAGCGCCAUGGUGAACUGUAACGACGAGGACCGGGGGGUGCUGGCGGGGCGCUGGGACAACCAUUAUGAGGAUGGGAUGAGCCCGAUGGCCUGGAUCGGGAGCGUGGACAUUCUCAAGAGGUGGAACAACUUCGGGUGCCAGCCGGUCAAGUACGGGCAGUGCUGGGUGUUCGCUGCCGUGGCGUGUACCGUCAUGCGGUGCCUGGGGGUCCCCACUCGGGUGGUGACCAACUACAACUCAGCCCACGACACCAACGGCAACCUGGUCAUCGACCGCUACCUCAACGAGACCGGGGAGGAGGACCGGCGCUCCAGGGACAUGAUCUGGAACUUCCACUGCUGGGUGGAGUCCUGGAUGGCGCGUCCAGACCUGGCACCCGGCUAUGAUGGGUGGCAGGCACUGGACCCCACACCGCAGGAGAAGAGCGAAGGGGUUUUCUGCUGUGGGCCGGCUCCCGUCAGAGCCAUCAAGGAGGGCGACCUGCGCCUGAAGUACGACGUCCCCUUCAUCUUCGCGGAGGUGAACGCGGACGUGGUGUACUGGGUGGUGCAGCGCGACGGGUCGCAGAAGAAGAGCAUCCACUCCUUGGUUGUGGGGAAGAACAUCAGCACCAAGAGCGUGGGCAGGGACAGCAGGGAGGACAUCACCCACACCUACAAGUACCCCGAGGGGUCUGAAAAGGAGAGAGAGGUGUUUGCGAAGGCAGAGCACGAGACGAGCUCCCUCAGGGAGGAGGACGAGGGCCUGCACCUCAAGAUCAAGCUGUCAGAGGGCGCGAACAACGGCUGCGACUUCGACGUCUUCGCCGUGGUGAGCAACAACACGGCCACGGAGCGCGGCUGCCGGCUCCUGCUGUGCGCUCGCACCGCCAGCUCCCGCGGCGCCGUGGGGCCGCAGUGCGGGAUGAAGGACCUGCUCAACCUCAGCCUGGAGCCCCACGCAGAGAGGAGCGUGCCCCUGCGCAUCCUGUACGAGAAGUACGGGGAGAGCCUGACCCAGGACAACCUCAUCAAGGUGGUGGCUCUCCUGACCGAGUACCAGACCGGCAACGUCAUCGUGGCCAUCAGGGAUGUCUACAUCAAGAACCCGGAGAUCAAGAUCAGGAUCUUAGGGGAGCCGAUGCAGAACAGGAAGCUGGUGGCCGAGGUCAGCCUGGUGAACCCCCUCGCAGCGCCCCUGCACAACUGCGUGUUCGUGGUGGAGGGCGCCGGGCUCACCAACGGGCAGCGGAUCAAGGAGCUCGAGGAGCCCGUGGAGCCGCAGGAGGAGGCCAGGUUCCGGGUGGAUUUCGUGCCCCCCCAGGCGGGGCUGCACAAGCUGAUGGUGGACUUCGAGAGCGACAAACUGAUGGGGGUCAAGGGCUACCGCAACGUUAUCAUUGCGCCCCAGCCCAAGUGAGCGGCCCCAGGGCACCCGCUGCAGAGACCCUGCACCCCCAGCCCGGGGCUCGCCGGCCCCCAGCUCGCUUUAGCUCAAGCCGGUCCCAGCGGUGGGAGGACGGACGAUGGCCAAAGCCCAGCCCAAAGCCACGGCUCUGGGUGCUGCAGGAGAGGGGAACCGGGGGCACCAGCCUGGGCGCAGCAGAGACCCCCGAGCCAGCCCCUUCCUUCUCCUCCUGCAGCACCAAGAGCCCCGGCCGCAGGGCGGAUCUCAUAAACCAAAGAGCAGAACAGCCCUCUCCAGCACUGAUGGCACCUCUGUGUGCUCACACGUGCCGUUGCAAUCCUCUGAAU